AUGGACUGUAGCUGCGUCUCCGACCUUCUCUUCGCCCCACCCGCCCUGCCGGCUCUCUGGACCCCCGGGUUUGCCUUCCCAGAUUGGGCCUACAAGCCGGAGUCGUCCCCUGGCUCGAGGCAGAUCCAGCUGUGGCACUUUAUCCUGGAGCUGCUGCAGAAGGAGGAGUACCAGGGUGUCAUCGCCUGGCAGGGGGACUACGGGGAAUUCGUCAUCAAGGACCCCGACGAGGUGGCUCGGCUCUGGGGCAUCCGAAAAUGCAAGCCCCACAUGAAUUAUGACAAGCUGAGCCGGGCCCUGCGCUACUACUACAACAAGCGGAUUCUCCACAAGACCAAAGGGAAGAGGUUCACCUACAAGUUCAACUUCAGCAAAGUCGUGCUUGUCAAUUACCCACUGUUGGACGUGGCGGCAGCCACCACGGGCUCCCCACUCUUGCUGACACCUGGUCCCUUUGGGGGAGGCCCUGGGCCAGAUGCUCCACCCCUCACCCCUGAGACCCUGCAGACGCUGUUCUCUGCCCCACGCCUGGGAGAGCCGGGGGCCCGGGCACCCCUGUUCACCCCCGAGACAGACAAGCUGCGUCUGGACAGCCCGUUCCCGUUCCUGGGCUCCGGUGCCACUGGCUACUCCAAGCCCCCUGGCCUGCUGGGUCCUUAUGGCCGCGCCUUCCCAGAGUACCCCUGGAACUUUAACCCAUACCUCACUGGCCCCUUCCCCAAGUUGCCCCCUUCUCUCUACCCCCCGCACUUCUACCCUAACCCUCUGGCCAGUUCCCUGGGCCACCUGCCCUCAGCAGGGGCAGGGGGAGGCCCCACAGCCCAGCCCCUACUGGCUGCAACAGGGGAGGGCCUGGGCCAGGAGCGUCCCUCAGGCCUGGCAGCAGCCCCCCGCCUGGCACUGCCGGGGGCGGGGGGUCCAGAGGCCACACUGGGCGGGAAGGAGGACAGCGACUCGGAGCUGGAGAUUACCGACGUCAGUGGCUGCAGCUCUGACAGUGAGGGUGAUGAGGGCCCCCCUGUGCCCCCCAAAGCCAAGGCGGGCAAAGGGGGCGUCGGCAGCUGAGCUGGCAUGGGGUGAUGGAUUCUGCCGAGGGAGGGACCAGGGCAGCCGACUGUGCAGCCUCUUCUGUCUUCUGGACUGCCCUCGAUGUCCCGCCCAAGGCCGAGGACCAGCCCUCAGCCCCUCCCAGGGCCGGGGCACAUCACUGCCCCAGUCUCCUUCCCCAACCCCAGAAUGAGGGUCUCACCUCCCUCUCCAGAGGAGAAGAGGGAAUGUGAUGGCCUCCAGCCUCCUCCCCAGGUUCCAGUUUGAGGGGGGUCCCUGCCUGGCCCCACUCCCGAAGUGCAAUACGGCGCCCAGCCUCCCCUGCCCACACACCCCCUGUGCUGUAACCUGCGUGUUUGUGUGGCCGUGACCCCCCCCUGUGCCGGCUCCAGUCCUGAUCCCCCAU